AUGGCGCCGCAUUUGAUGCUAGAAUCUGGGCCGGAGCGUCGCGGCGAUGCUGACGUGGCGUUGAGACAAGCGAGUGAUUCAGAUGUGCUGGCAGAUGGCGGGACAGAAGCUGACGUGGUAGUUGAUGCAGUGGGGUAUGACUAUAUCGAGGAUGAACAUCAAGCGUCGGAUCAGGGACUCGUCAUGAGACAGAGCGUGCAGACAGUUGAGGAGAUGGAGGAAUUGAAGCGAUUGGAAGGGCAAGAAGGAAGACGAAAUGAUCUGGGGCGGAAUGAGCAGACGCCUGGGCAAGGAGAGGAGGUCGAGCUGAGACGGGUCGAAGGGGAGGGGCAGGGGGAGGGGAGGAGUGAGGAAGAAGAGGCGACGGACAGGGGAAAUAGAAUGGAUGGCCAAGAGAGAAAGGAAGGCGGAGUGGAAAUGGAGGCGGGAGGGGCAAUGGAGAGGGGAGGGGAAAUGGAGGUGGGAGGGGAAAUGGAGGAGGAAGGGGGAGUGGAGGGGGAAGAGGGGCCGGAUAUCGAAUUGGAGCUAGUUAUGGGGGAUGCUGAGCUGGACGAAGCGGAGAUAUUUGUGGGACAGCUGGCUGCUGACGUGGCGGAUGUCCAUGCACCAGACGGCCACGUGGCAGGAGCCCACUGGCAAGCCCUGCGUGAGGAUUUAUCCGCGCCACAGGAUAGCAGUGAGACAGGUAGCAGUAAACGAGGCGCAUAA